AUCGAUGUAUUUUUUGCUUGUUAUUUAGCUUAGUCAACAUCAACUUUGCUUAUCUUUACUUUUUCCAUCACUGGUCAUAUGAAAAAUUUCCUGAAGUGAAGAUUCGUCUCCCACAAGUGAUUAAGGAUGUCCAAAGCAGUAAAGACCCAGCUGGAAGUAAAGGCUAAAUGCGAACAGUUGCAGCAGUCGUUGAAAGAGUUAUCCGACUGGGAAAAGGAAAUGAAGAAAGAGACUGCCAAGCAUCAACAACAGAGGGAUGAGCGACGUGCUAUUCCACCAAUUAGAAGUUAUACUAGUAAAAUGCAAAAAUUCGUCGAGGAUCAAAAUGUAACAGAGAAGAAGCAUUUUUUUAAUAACGAUUCAUCUAGUGAGGUUGAAAAUCUGCAAGAUGCGGAAUUGUUUAACCAAAAAGGAAUAGAGUUUUGUAAACGCACCAAGGAAGGAGAGGAUUUGAACAUGUAUAAACAAAGAUAUGGUCAAACGGCCAUUGAUAUGUUUACCAGAGCAAUCGAAAUAAAUAGUAUAAAUCCUACUUAUUUCGUUAAUCGAGCUCUCUGUUAUUUCAAUUUGGAACGGUAUGAGGAUACUAUAACCGAUUGUAAUACUGCUAUAUCAUUAGAUAGCAAACACGUAGCAGCACACUACCGACGAAUGAAGGCUUUCGAGCAUUUGGGCAAAAACUUGUUGGCCUAUCAGAGUUGUCAACAAUUAUUGAAACUGGCCAACAAUGCGGAAGAGCUGUCGAAAAUUGAAAAGGACAAAGAAAGAUUAAUGACGAGAUUGAAACAAGAAGCAGACAAGUUCAAACUACAGGGAAAUACUGAACUUGCCAACAAAAACUAUGCUAAAGCUUGCGAGUAUUUUUCAAAAGCAAUUCAUGUAUUCGAGGGUGAUCCAAUCUACUAUCACAAUCGUAGCCUGUGUUACUUUCAUCUGAAGAAUUAUGAAAACUGUCUCGAAGACUGCGAUAAAGCGAUUGAACUAGAUGAGGGUUACUUUCGUCCUUAUUAUCAACGAAUGCGAGUGCGUGAACAAAAAAGAGAAUAUUUUAAGGCAAUAAUUGACUGCAAGAAGUUUCUUGAGUUAGUAAAAGAUGAAAAGCAGAGGCUGACCGCCAAAAAAGAUCUGGAGCGUUUACAACGUUUGUUGGAACGUGAAAAGGAACCGAACCUUAUCAAAUGGAGUGAACUGAGUAAGAAUGCCGCUUUGAUUAGUUUCAUUAACAAGCCUCCUCAUCUUCGAUCAAAGUAUCCGCUCAAGCGAAUUCACAUCUCUGAGGACAACUCAUCCAGUGAUACUAAAACUGUUCCUUCAAACUACGUCGUGGCUUCCGAUUAUGAAACCAUUCCGGACGCUGUUAUCGAUAAAAUGUUUAAUAACAACACUGGAGAAAGGGUAGAUGAUAUAAAACAGGAUACUAACACGCAACACCAAGAUUUCCUGAAAUCUAUGCCAAAGUUGAAAAAUUGUUUUUCACCACCAGUUACUCCAUCUAGUCCUCCAAAAGAUAUAUUAUGCAACCAGAACUCGCCGGUUGAUCACCGCGAUUCUUCAGUUGGUAUUGAGGAAUGUGAGCUUAUUGGUGACGCUAAUUUCUCACAGACUAAACAUGAAAAGGACAUGAUUAACCAGGAAAAUCAAUUGCAACCAGAAUCAACAGGUAAUGAGAAUAUUCAGAAAUCCGAAGUGAGUUUUCAGUGGGCCGCCAUUCCUUCUACCACAGUCGAGUUUUAUCAAACCUGGAUUAAUUUGCAAAAUCCACUAGACAAAUUUCAGUUCUUGAAGGUUGUCGAGAAUGGCCCACUUGACAAAUUGCUCGGAGUGAAUUUAUCGCCUCCUAUGCUCUCCGAGAUACUACUGUUACUUGAUCAAUACAGUAAAAAACAGAAUCAUUGUCCUCUCAAAAUUCUUUCGAAGAUUGCGAUAAAUUCUCAGAUCGAGAUACUCAUGCUACUGUUGAAUGACAAAGACAAGAAUUGUUUGUCCAACUUGCUAAAAUUAACGGAAUCCAUGCAGGGAAAUAACGAUUCUAUACGAGAAAUUAAAAAACGAUUCCAAUUUUGAAGCUGGUGCGAUUAAAAAUUCUGUCGACUGAAUAGAAGAGAAGAGAAUAGGAGAAAGAAGAAACGAGAAUAGAAGAAAGAACUUCACAUGUGUUUUUACGUAGUUUCAUGAAUAACAAUUGACUGUGAGAUUCUGUGAAUACAAAUGUAUCAUAAAUGUGAAUCGGAAAUAUGAAAAUUAAAGCAGUUAAUUUGGUUUCUA